CUUUGCUUCUCUACCCUUAUAGUAGGCAGCUGAUGUUUGUUCAGUGCUCAUUUUGCGGUGCCAUUUUCCGCGGUAACCAUAUUAUACGCUACUCUCUUUAAAACAGUAGGUUGGUCAUCCAUGGCGUUGAUUUACCCCGAUCACUUUAUGACGACCCGAAAGUUUACGAAACAAUGAAUGGGAAUGUAAUAAUCAACUUUUUAAGCUAAGCGACCAAAAAUUGAGAGGUUAUGUAAAAAUGGCGAAAACGAUGAAUAAUGACAAUUCUCCCUACAUAUUUUUCUUGUUUCCAACCUCAAGGAAAAAUUUCAGUGAGUAGCACAAUGCAAUUGGGGAAGCUGGAUAUAGAGUUCAACCAUCUAUGUUAUUCACAUUCGAGCCAUUGCUCUCAUAUAGACCAUUCAUCCUCCACACACUGGUUUCUUCAAAUAACUCGGAGUCUAGAUUCGAUAAUUUCGUUAUUCUCAGAGACCAUGUCAUGUCAACAGACAUGCUCUGUGCAAAGUCGGAUAUAGACCAUAAAACAAAACUCUCCAGUUGAGGUGUUCCCUAAAAGUACCACUCACUUAUAGUCUUGAACAAAGAUUCCUGUAAUAAAAUCUGUACAAGCCUUCUGGAUCAAGUUUAUUCCCUUGAUCUUAGCUUGGGGGUAAACAAAUUAAAUGACAAUCAAGAGAUGAAACAACAGUGAUACGUAGUAUAACCGGAUCAGAAAGGUCUGAUAUCGAUGUAAUCUCGAAAACUGAGGUCAUCAAACUCGGACAUGGCAUAAGUCCAUUAAGACACCGACCGUUGAUUUGAACCAUAUUUGUAGGUAUAAAGUGAUAUAACCCCAGAGUAGCUUGGUAUGAUAACCAAACAGCUGCGUAAUCAGUAAUGAUAUCUACUGGUAACUUAUGUCAAAAGGUGAGAAAAACCAGUGAAUUUCGGAGGCGUAUACAGAACUGAUAGACCCUCGGAAACUCCUGGCUCUGAACACUGAGGAGCAGAGGGUACUUAGACAUAUGCUGACAAACUGUCUACGUAAUAAACGUGAGUAGCUGUGGACAGCGAAAGCAGGUAUAGGAAAGGCAGUGGUGUUAGGGAACAACAGAGAAGCAUUCGAAUUUUUCAGGAAAACGGAUAUUAAAAAUCCGGUUGCUAAUGAAACUGUCUCGGAAAAAGAUGGGACCGUUAUUCACUUUCAAUCCAGAAGAUUUGACCAAUGGGAAAAGUUGUUUGCUUUCAGUCAUUGUUCAGUUACCUACUAUCUUUUAGCAACCUGAAUGUCGAUUUGAUGUAAGUUCUCCAACUCUUUGUGAGCUAUAAGCAAUCUAAAUAAAAAGAGAGCAGCAGAGAUUUAUGAACUGACCCCUUUGGGUGCAGUUUUAACGGUUAGACUGACUGGAAUCUUGGGUAGAAUCUGGGAACUAGACAUAAUCUCGUCUCGAUUGCUGAACGCCCCAAUCCAUAAAGACAAAAUUUUUUCGUAAUAACCACGGAGGAAUCAGUCUAACUAAAAUAUUGGUUUCUGAAGUACUUCAAUGUCUAACUAGAGCUUGUGAAAAGCAAGCUAGUCUCAGACCUGAAUAUGGAUGUAUUGGCCAAGUACUCAUCCUUUUGCAGACUCUGGAAAACAGACAUACUUUUCGCCCUCUGAAUAUAAUCGUGUGCUUUGGCCUUAAGGUGGCGUUUGAAUCUGUUGAUGGUGAGAUUGUGUGGCAGUAUUUGUCAUCGAAAGAGACCCAGGCAACUAGUUGUCACCGUUCAUAACUCUGAUAUCAUUUUACUAAUCGUCAUCUGAGAAUUAUCGUUUCAAGUAGCGAGAAAUUUAAUUGAGUUCAAAAAGUUUCUUACUGUUUGUACAACACACUUACUCAUAUUUUACAUCUCAGGAUUUAAAUUUAGUUGGGAGUAGUUUCCCAAAUACGUACAUGAAUUUCUUGUAUAACUAGUUUAUUUUUUAAUCACAAUUUAAGCUCUGAUUUUAGAAUAUUAUUUUAAAUUCUGAUUACUGGUCAGAAUACAUUAGACUAUUCUGCCUCAAGUCUUGUGUUUAAAUAUUGAGCGCAAUUUUUUCCCGUUUUAGCAAUAAAAUCUGAAAAGGCCAUUACAAAAACAACUUUGUUUGACUCCACCACUCAAAUUUUGGUUGUGGUAUAGUGCUAUUAAUGCCCGAAACCCACUACCAUAUCAGUUAACUAGGUCGGUGUUCACCAACCUUUUAGAACUGAAAAUUGACUAAUAUAAAGAACAGAAGCAAACGCGUAACUUUUCUUCUGUUAUAUUAAAUAUGAAUUUGCAAAGGCUGUGGAAUUUUAAUAUAUGGAGGAACGUUAACCAUGUGUCUUCUCGUCAUUCACAUCCACAUAAACUAAACUUUAUUCCGUCAACAGCACUUACAAAGACAAAAUAUUUCUUUGGAUUAACUGGUAAACUACAAUAUCCAAACAGAACCCUUCGUAUUUCUGGUGAAAACUUAUUCAUAAUCUGUGCGGAGUACCCUGUGUUUGAAGAUUUUGUGCAACAUCUUAAGCUCCCAGAUACGUUUCAAACAUGGUUCUCACUAACCAUACUACACAUAUGGAUGUGCUACGUGCGUCUACGCCAAGAAGGAGAAGAAGGACAUAUCGUAAAAAAAUGGAUGGACAGGGCUCUUUGGGAAGAUAUGGGACACAGAGUGCGUGCAUUCAAAAUCUUAACGAAAAGCUCUAAGCAGAUAAGAGUUUUUCGUGGGCAAUAUUUUGGCAAUAUGGUCGGAUAUGAUGAAGCUUUACUAUCCUGCUCAGACUCACACUUAGCUGGUGCGCUGUGGAGCAAUAUAUGGUUCUCUUGUCCAACAACUACCUUUCAACAAAUCGAAAUAUUGAUUAAGUAUGUCAGGAAGCAGUUAGAGCACUUGGAAAAAACUCCGUCAAAUGUUUUUCUUGAAAGCGGUGCUCCAAUGUUCUUACCAUUAAUGCAAGAUGAAUUAGAUGCUUCCCUUGCUAAACAACGUUUGAGAUAUUGUUUAACUUUUCCCGAGCAUUAUAAAUAAAUAAAACACUUCAAAAUGUUUAUUAUCUUUC